CUCACCACUUCGACUAAGGAAUAUAGGAGAGACGCUCGAAAAGAAAUAUAUCCGACAUGGUUUGCGCAAAGUGCCAAAAGAAGGAAAAGACGACCCUCGUCACGCCGGCGGUCAAGAAGAAGAGUGAGAUGUACUAUGGCUCCCCAGCAGCGGCAACAUCGUCAUCAUCGAGCUCGGCCACGGGACCCAAAAAGUCGGCAACUCUGGGCAACACAGGAGUGACAAAGAGCAAACUGCUGUCCAAGGCGGCUCAGAACCCCUAUGCUCAAUACUCCAGCACUUGUACGCGCUGUAAGGCAAAAGUAUCACAAGGCCACACCUCUUGCAAUAAAUGCGCGUACCGCGCCAACUCCUGCGCAAUCUGUGGCAAGCCCAACAAAACCACUACUGCCGGAGCACCCCUUGUGAACGGCCAGAAGUUCACCUUGAAGUGA